GCGCCGCGCGCGGGGGACAGCGGCGGACGGCGGCGGCGGCGGCAUGCGGCUGCUCGCGCUGCCCACGGUGGGCUAAGGCGGCCGCAGCACAGGCGGGAGGCGCGGCGGCCGAGCAAGCCGAGGGUGCAGCCAGCCGGGCGGACCGCAGACAGCGGCCGGGGCACCGCACCAUGGGCCGUGCCGGGGGCGGGGGCCCGGGCCGGGGGCCGCCGCCACUGCUUCUGCUUCUGGGGACCACGCUGAUCCUGACUGCCGGGGCCGUUCCGGCGCGCGAGUCGGGCAGCGCGAUUGAGGCCGAGGAGCUGAAGAGCGGCCUGGCAUGGGAGCCUCGUGCCAACUACACGCGGGAGGAGGCUGGCCUGCCAGUGACUGGGGAAGAUGAGACCUCGUGGACAGCUACUGGCAGCGAGGUGACCGCUGUGGGUCAUGGGGUCGGGCCAGAGGAGGUACUGGAGGCAUCUGCUGCAGUGACGGGCAGCGCCUGGCUAGAGGCAGACAGCCCAGGUCUGGGUGGAGUGACCGCAGAGGCCGGCAGUGGUGAUGCCCAGGCCCUUCCCGCUACACUUCAGGCUCCUGAUGAUGCCCUAGGGCAGUCUACAAUGCCACCUGCCACUCCUGAGGCUACUGAAGCCAGCGGACCACCCUCCCCUAUUAUUGAUGACAAGCUGAACUCAGGCUCUGAACUCCCCAAGGAAAGCCCCUUGGAGGUUUGGCUGAACCUGGGAGGCAGCACACCUGACCCUCAAGAGCCAGAGCCCACUUACCCCCUUAAAGGCACACUAGAGCCCCAGCUGGCCUCAGAUAUAAUCGACAUCGACUACUUUGAAGGACUAGAUGGUGAGGGUCAUGGUGCAGACCUGGGGAACUUCCCAGGAUCACCUGGAACCUCAGAGAACCACCCUGAUACUGAGGGAGAGACCCCUUCCUGGAGCCUCCUUGACUUAUAUGAUGACUUCACCCCCUUUGAUGAAUCUGAUUUUUACCCUACCACAUCUUUCUAUGAUGACUUGGAGGAAGAGGAGGAGGAAGAUGAUGAUGACAAGGAUGCAGUGGGAGGUGGAGACCUGGAAGAUGAAAAUGACCUUCUUCUGCCCUCUAAGAAGCCUGGUAUGGGGCCUGGAACAGGCCAGCCCACCAGUCAGUGGCAUGCUAUCCCUCCACAACAUACUCUAGGGAUGGUUCCUGGCAGCAGCAUAGCCCUCAGGCCCCGCCCAGGAGAACCAGGCAGGGAUCUGGCCUCAAGUGAAAAUGGCACUGAGUGUCGCAGUGGCUUUGUGCGGCAUAAUGGCUCUUGCCGGUCAGUGUGCGACCUGUUCCCAAGUUACUGUCACAACGGCGGCCAGUGUUACCUGGUGGAGAACAUAGGGGCCUUCUGCAGGUGCAACACACAGGACUACAUCUGGCACAAGGGGAUGCGCUGUGAGUCCAUCAUCACAGACUUCCAGGUGAUGUGCGUGGCCAUCGGCUCAGCCGCUCUUGUGCUGCUCCUGCUCUUCAUGAUGACAGUGUGCUUUGCCAAGAAGCUCUACCUGCUCAAGACAGAGAACACCAAGCUGCGGAGGACCAACAAAUUCCGGACCCCAUCUGAGCUCCACAACGAUAACUUCUCCCUCUCCACCAUUGCGGAGGGCUCUCACCCAAACGAUGAUCCUAGUGCUCCCCACAAAAUCCAAGAAGUCCUGAAGUCCUGCCUGAAAGAGGAGGAGUCCUUUAACAUCCAGAACUCCAUGUCACCCAAACUUGAGGGUGGCAAAGGUGACCAGGCUGACUUGGAGGUGAACUGUGUCCAGAAUAACUUAACAUAAACAGAGCAAGAAGAGAGGAAAUGGGGGGCGGGGGUAGGGAAAGAAGGUGAUCUCCUCUGGUACAGAGUCUAUUUCUUGUAACCAUUUGUUAAACUCUUUUUCCUUUUCUGAUCUCAUGGCAUGCUUUGAUGUAUUUUGUACAGGAGGGGGAGACACUUAAAAUAAGAAACUGAACAGAAUUGCAUACAUUGGAUUGUUUUGUCUGUGCUGUCUGUACAUUGCUUCUGCUGCUGUGAUUUCUAAACCUACGCUGUUAUUCAACUGACCUUUUUUUUUUUUGUACUUUGACCCACCUUUUUUUGGAAUACCAGUAAAAAUACAAAGUUCUUGAAAUAAAACUUUUUAAAAAG